AUGGAUUCCGAAAAGCGGCAAAUAUGCAUCAAAAUGAUGGCCGCAGUCCGCGAUCGCAUCCAAAGGGAGCGGGAUCAGUUACAAGACUACGCCAAUGCCACAUCAGUUUUGUGUCUACUCGAAGAAGAAAUACUCGCCGAACUCGAGAAGGCCGACGGAGAAUUGGAACAGCUGACGAUACUAGAGAGGCUUCAGCCGUCUUCAUGUGAAGUACCGGAGUCAUCAGUGGUGAAGUGGAAAGUGCCAGGGAUGGCUCGGUCGCAGUCAGGACCGGACGCAACACUUGGACGAGGACUCAGUGAGUCUACUAAACUACAACACGGCCUUUUUCAAGAACUGGAAAAGAAGCUUAUGAGCGAGCAAACCCACGAUUCCUCGACGCCAACCUGUGAGAGCUGCACCUCGGCGGUCCAAAGCGAACAAAAGGCGCCAACGAGGGCGAAAACGCUCCUGGAGAUUUACUACGAGGCCAAGGCGAAAGAGACUGAUGAAGAGCAAAAAGACGCAGUUGAUUGCGAGAAGUAA